AUGAGAAUCCAUACGGGAGAGAGACCCUACAAGUGCGACCAGUGUGACUAUUCUGCUGCAGAUAAGUCGACUUUGGAGCAGCAUGUUGCAAAACACAAUGGUGAGAAACCCUACAUGUGUGGAGAUUGUGGGUACAGGACAGCUUAUAGGUCUCACCUAUCCCGACAUAUAAGAAUCCAUACAGGAGAAAGACCUUACAAGUGUGACCAGUGCGGCUAUUCUGCUGCACAUAAGUCGACUUUGGAGCAACAUGUUGCAAAACACAGUGGCGAGAAACCCUAUAUAUGCGGGGUGUGUGGGCACAGGGCAAAUCAGAAGUCUGACUUAUCCAGACAUAUCAGAACCCAUACAGGAGAAAGGCCCUACAAGUGUGAUCAGUGUGACUAUUCUGCUGCACAGAAAUCCACCUUGGAAGAACAUCAAGCAAAACACACCGGUGAGAAACCCUACAUGUGUGGGGAGUGUGGGUACAGGACGGCCAAAAGGUCUACCUUAUCCCGCCAUAUACGAACCCACACAGGGGAAAGACGUUACAAGUGUGGCCAGUGCGACUAUUCCGCAGCACGUAGACAAUAUUUGAUCGACCAUCAAACAAGACAUACCGGUAAGAAACCGUACAUGUGUGGGGAGUGCGGGUACAGGGCGGCUCAAAGAUCUACCCUAUCCCAAAACAUGAAAACACAUACAGGAGAAAAGCCUUACAAGUGUAACCAGUGUGACUAUUCUGCAGCAAAGAAGUAUAAGUUGGCCGAACAUUUAACGAUACACACUGGUGAAAAACCUUUCAUAUGUGAGGAGUGCGGAUACAGGGCGGCUCGAAAGCCUGUCUUAUCCCGACACAUGAGAACCCACACAGGUGAAAAACCCUACAAGUGUGAUGAGUGUGACUAUUCCGCAUCACACAAACAUCAUUUGAUCGACCAUCAAAGAAGACAUUCCGGUGAGAGACCCUACAUAUGUGGGGAGUGUGGGUACAGGGCGGCUAAAAAAUCUACCUUAUCCCAACAUAUGAGAACCCAUACAGGAGAAACCUACAAAUGUGGCCAGUGUGACUAUUCUGCUGCACAUAGAACCUCCUUUAAUCGACAUUUAAGAAAGCACACCGUUAAAAAGACCUAGAUGUGCGGAGUGUGCGGGUACAGGGCAACUCAAAUGUCCAACAAGUCAAGUAUAUAAGAACCCGCAGAGGAGGGAAACCUUAGAAGUGUCAUAAGUGUAACUACUUUGCAGCUAGGAAAUCUCACCAUUAUUUACUAUCAAUAUGCUAAAAACCUUGUAGGGUUUAUGACAAAUGUUCCAGAUAGAGUGCUUGUGUAAAAUAGUUCCUAGUCAUUGACUCAUAGAGGUUGGUUUUGCAUCUGAGAUAGUUUUAGUAGCUAUAUAUAAGGCGUACUUGUUUAAUUGUGAGGAAAAAAUCGACACUUAAUGUCUUCUUUUUACUCAGUGGAAACAUUUUUGAACUUUUUAAACAUCCGUACAUUUCUUUGAUUUAUAAGAAAGAAUAACAUCUACAAGAAUCUCACAUUGUAUAUACUAUUUCUAUGCAUGUACUUGGUACAUGUCGUCUGUUUGUACACUUGUAUUCUUAGUAUUUGUAGCUGAUAGCAGUUUAUAUUCUAUCAACAUAUAUGAUAACUUUGUUUUGAUUCUAAUAAAGCGCUGUCAAAAUAAAGUAAGUGUAUGCAAAUUCUUUGAUUCGACUUUGAUUAUUCUAACUCCUUUGCCGUAGCAGUUUUAGCGUUAAACGUGUAUAGAUAUAUUACAUAUGGCUUAAUA